CGGACGCGAGCGAGAGCCCGUUAACCCUCACAUUUGAACGCGAGAGCACGCGCCCGGAUACGUGCGUGUACGUGCUGUAAACCGUACACAUUCGCGUGUGUGUGUGUGUGUGUUCUCUCGCACAUAGACAGCAGCAGCAGCAGACUCUUUGAAGCGAGAGCUGGCCGGGGCUUGGCCGCUUCUUCUCCCGCCGGCGGCGGCGGACUCGAGGGACCCUGCAUCCCCCCCCCCUCCCCCUCAAUCUUCCCCCAAAUGAACAAUGUAAAACGUUGAAUUUAACUGUUUGCCCAAACUAAUGAGAUUUUUUUCCUCCCAAGCGCCGAGCGCCCACCUCUGCAACGAGGAAAGAUCGUAAUAACGCGCCGUUCUUGUUGCGGACGAUCUUCGAAAGCGCCGGCAGCGAGCGAGCAUGCAAGAAACUCGAUGGGCGUCUCGAUAUCCAGGAGAGCAUCUUAAACAAUUGGGAGAGUCUCAGGAGAGAGCCGCGGUAAAGCGUAAAAGCAAGUACCGGUCCGUGUACGUAAUACGCGCAGUGGACGGCGACUAGAUCGUUGACGCGUUGACGCAUCAGGACACUCGAAAAAUUAUCCACAUACUGCCGUCACGAGUGUGUACGCGCCCUCUUUCUGCCAAAAUAUCGACGCGAAACAAUCAGCAACAACGUCGCAUAAUUCAAAAGUCCGACUAAUGCACCGCACGGCGAAACUACACAAGGACCAUUAAAUUCCAGCUUUAUACGCGCAGUUUCGCGGGAGUUUCAAGCUCCGUACAUACUUACUCUCGCGCGCGAUAAUAACGCGACGUAGCACACACUGGUAAAAUUCGUUAUACACGCACGGGCGUACACACCUGGAUGCAGCGAUAAUACAACGGAGAAUCGGAGCAUUGUUCGUACCAUCUGUCGUUCGUGAUCUUGUAAAUCGGGCGAACUAGCCAUCGGGGACGACUCGGGGAUAAUAAUUCCAGCGCCGCGUGGUUAUUUAUAUACCCGAUGCGUAUCGAUUGUCAAAGAGGCGUCGUGGAAAAUGGACGAAAAUCGAACGCUAUUAUGACAACACUAUAUUAAAGCCGAGCUUUCAUACACGGAUCGCUGAAAUAUGAAUGGGUUUUGAAAAUUUCAAAUGUCGACUGUGAAAGUUUAAGGGAUAACAUCUAUUUCUACUUUGACGAUAUGCCGGAAAAAGUAUGAAAAGCGACGUAAAAAUCAAACAUAUACAUGAUAAAAUCGAGCGUCGUCCGCUGCAGCGCGCUCGUACAAUGGGCUAUAAGACGCGCGCAAAAACAAUUACAGAGAGAAAGAGAGAGAGAGAGAGAGAGCAGUGAAAAAGGGGAGUCCGGGAUAUAAAGGGUUGCAGCUCUCUCUCUCUCUCUCUCCCAAUUAAUUAACGACGGCGCGUUACACGAGCAAAAGACCAGAGCACACCAGGCUGUCGCGCAGAUAGAGCGUGUAAUCAGUGCUGCGAAUCGUCAAUUCUCAUUGUGCAGAGUCCGCGAGAUAGCCCCUAAUCAACAUGAGCCUCAAAACGACGCGCGCGCUACAUCAGCUCAACCUGCGCGCACCGAGUCUAUAUGUAUAUGUGCAUAUAUAGACGUAUACACACCGGCGCGGCUGCUGCUGCUCUGCUACGAUCGAUCUCUUCUCUCUCGCGCGGCGCUGCCGCAGCGCCGCCCGGCCGAACAAUCGAUAACUGAUAAGGCUCGGCCUCUCUCUCUCUCUCCUUCUCGCGCUCGUCGCGCAUCAAAUCGACAGCGAAGAAUGAUAAUAUUGAGAGUGACGCCCCGACGUCGUAUCUUUCGCUUUUUCCCCCCCCCGGCCUUCGAUGCCCCGUAAAAGCCCUGUACACGCAUAGAUGCGAAAUUUUUCUUUGAGAAAAAAACGCAAUUUUCCCGAGCCUCGCUUCGCCUUAUAAGAGAUAUCGUGUUCGUAAUCCGUGCAAUUGACGGCGGAGGAUUAGAGCAGUCAUCAUUGAUUAUAUUUCAGCCGAUGUACAUCCCGGGGAUUCUCCUCUUUCUCGCUCAACGGCGUAACGAUCGGAAUUCGCGCAGCUCGAAUUAUACGCCUUUUCUUCCUCUUUCGCCCUUUUCAUCGCCGCCGGGAGAGAAAGAGCUAGUCUCUCUCGUAUUUUCUUAUUUAUCGAUGCGCGUCGCGCGCGGCGAACUAAUUGACUUCGUUAUACGCGCGCGGGCUUUGACUUUUUUUCUCUCUCUCUCUCUCUCACGACUCGAUGCGCUCUCGCUAUUCGCGUUUUCUGCAUUUUACCGGCGCGAGAGAGAUUUAUCUCUUGAUUGGUUAUGCGUCGGCUGUACUUUUUUGUUAACGCGGGGGAAAACGCUGAAUCGUGAUUACCGUGUGUCUAGACGCCGUUGUACAGUCGUUUCGCGAGGGGAUGAUGCUGCGAUAUUGUUGCAGGGAAAUGCAGAGCAGGUUGCGCGUGCUUUUUGGAAGUAAUGGACGAAAAUGCGUCGGAAUUAAUGCGCGCAUACUUUACUCCUACUGCAUUUUUUACAAAGUAUUGAUCCCGCCUAUAACGCAGCACCAAAUCUCCCUCCCGAUCCACCAACGCGUUAUCAAAGCCACAGUCCAAUCACCUCCGAAUCUCAACAUCAACCCGACAAUCGACCAGCGCUCGGUAAAAAAAAAAAAAAAAAAAAAAAACACCCAGCCCAGCAUCCGGCUGGACCGCGAGCACGUCGUCCUUCAUGCACCACAAGUCGGUUACUAAUCCACGAGCUCUCUCUCUUCACACAAGUCACCACCGAUCGGCCACUGAUCAUCCGAGCCACAAUCCACGAGUCGUCGUCAUCCCCCCGCCAGAGUCCGCCAGUUGCUGGUCCAUCGCGCGCAGCAUCCGCCGCCAUCUCCAGGCCCGAUCUCGAAGCCGCAUCUCGCAGGGGGUUGACUGCCGCGAGCCACCCCAAACAACGCACACGUACGCGUCGCCCGUCUCUCUUUUUCUCUCUCUCCGCCUUUUUCCCUCUAUUAUUAUUUUUCCCAUCCCGUCCUUUAACAAACCACUUCCCCACACCCGUGCACUGCACUCGUGGAUUUUCGCAAUCGGAGAAGUCGAGAUUCAGGGCGACAGAAGAUCGACGCGGUGCCGUGACGUGAUACGCAACAAGGGUGCAGGUACAGGGGCUGAGCGGCGAGCCUUUUAAUCGAGGCGUCGAGCGCGAAUAAAAUGGCCGUGAUUCGGAGCGUCUCUCUCAUUCAUCAGUGAAUCGAGGAGAGGAGAGCGGCAGCGAUGAAAUUUUGACGAAAUCCCACAGCACAGCUGCGCCGCCCGUUCGAUGUUCAGCUGAGAGCCCUCCGAAGCUUAUAUACAACGAGUCGGCCGCACGCAAAAGAGCAAAAGUCGUCCAUCAAGAGGAGAAUGAGGUCCUACGACGGCGAGAGCAGCUCCUGCGAGGAGGACGAGCGCCGGGAACCGAUGCCCGAGGCCCACCUGCAGCACCAGCCCCAACAGCAGCCCGGGCCCUGGCAGAGACACCCGGCCUGGGCGUGGGAGCACCGAAGCGCGCACUUUAACCGUCCACAGCAGCACCCGCUCGCGGCCCACGCUAAUCCGUCCCUGGAGCCGAUGGGCUACCACGGGGGACCGGGCGGCUCCGGCCACCAGCAGCAGCAGCAGCAGGUAAUAGCCGGCCACCAAGCGCCGGUCGUCUACUCGCCCUCGGAGAACCCGCAGAGCGCGCCCGGCCGCAGGACUCCUCUGGGAGCCGUCGGCCUUGGCGGCUUUUACUUUCAGCAGCAGCCCCCGCAGCAGCAGCCCCCGCAGCCCGCGCACGCCUCGGCCUCCUCCGACGAGAACAGGCCCGAUCACGAGAGGUCCGGAGUGUCCCGGCUCAACUGCCCGGGCAAAUCGAAGACGACGCGCCAGGGCAAGAGCGUCCGCUUAAACAUCAACGCCCGGGAGAGACGUCGGAUGCACGACUUGAACGACGCUCUCGACGAGCUGCGCUCCGUCAUCCCGUACGCGCACAGUCCGUCGGUGAGGAAGCUCUCGAAGAUCGCGACGCUGCUGCUCGCCAAGAAUUACAUUCUCAUGCAAGGAAACGCGCUGGAGGAGCUGCGACGAGUCAUCGCGGUGCUGCAAUCGCCCCACGCCCACACGACCGCCCUGCCCCCUACGCCCGUCUCCUACGAUCUGCUGCAAGGCUUUCCUGGCAAACUCUUCCAAGGCGUCCAAGAGCUUCAAGGUCUCCAGCCCACGGCCAAUCCGAGCCAACAGCCACCGCCAACACCGCAGCAGCAGCAGCCGAGUCCCUCCGAGGAAGCGGCAGUCGUCGAUUCGGCCUAAAUUUUUAUUCGAUUUUUUCGUUAUCGUUUUCGUUUACAGAGGUGUGUAGAGUAGGUUGAGUGUGCACUUUUUAUGAAAAACAGAGGAACGUCUACGAAUUGCGUACAAAAAUGAAAGUAUAUAACACGCGUUCGGAUCUUUUGAAAGUACCGAAGCCUCUAUUAUACGAGAAAUUAAUAAGAAAGUCAUUAGAUAUUAUAAUAAUACGUAUACAAGUAUAUAUCCGAGUACGAAGGUGCAAACUAAUAUGAAAGUAAUAACGAUACGCAUUCGCGUUUUAACACUAGUUUUAAGACGAAAUCAACAGCGAAGAACGACUUUAGCGUACUUUUCAGCUCACUUUUUAUCGCGUAUAAAGUAACGAGAUUCGAAACGGAAGUUUCAAAAGCCAUUAAGGCGCGAACGCGGCGAAUACCCGCAGAGGAGCGAAAAAAUAUAAAGAGACGAAAGGAGAGUAGAGUUAUGAAUCAAUCGGUGAUUGAAAAGUGAAAUGCUCGUGAGAGAGAAACUUUCCGAGAGUUCCGCCCGCAACACGAUAGUCAAUAUAGUAUGUGAUACCAGUAAAUUUACGCUAGUCGCAUAUACAUAUAAUAAUAUAUGAUAUACAAACAAAAUACAAUAUGGAUUUAUACAAAAAAAAAAUAUAUAUAUAUAUAUUUAUUAUUACGAAAUGACGAUAUUUCGCUGAAUCUUCUAUUUCUAUGGAGUUUACUCGAGCGAACGUAUGCGCUUGUUGUAUAAGCGCCGAGAGUCGACGAUAUUACGUACUAUUUACGCUGUGUGUAUAUUUUAAGUGCCAACGAGUGAAAAGAGAGAAAAAAAAAUGACGACUGCGUAGAGAUUUAAAAAAAAUUACUAUAUAUAGUACCGGCCUAUGAGCAAUAAUCGAUGUCGUGAACAAGUAGUUUAUCGAGAAGGAGAAUCAAAGUUGAGCCAAAGGAGGAUAAGGAAUACUGUAACGUCAAUAUUAAACAAGACUAAAGAUUUUACAAUUAUCGUCGUAGACCACUGUAGCAACGAUAUGAGUGUUUAGCUUGCAAAUAAAAUCUAUUUACGAACAAACCGAA